AUGAACGAUUUUGGCGUCAUCGAGCUCGCCGGGGCUAAGACGACCUCGGCGCCCGGCUGGGCGUACGUCCCCGACACGCGCCUCGCCGCGCAGCAAUCCACGACGACGACGAUGAACCGCAAACGCGCGCGCAACGCCCCCGGCGGCGGCCUCUCGCUCAGCGACCUGACGGCGCGGCAGGAGAAUAAGAUGCGCAAGGAACUCGAGGCGCUGGACCGCGACGGCGGGCGUGACCCUACCAUUCCGCUACCAGGGAAGAGCGGCCGGACGGCGGCGGCGGCGGGCGGGACAAGGUCGCUGUUGGCGCCGCCGCACCGCUCCCCGCCGCCGUCGCACCCGGGUGAUGCCGACCCGCUGCUGGUGAGCCGCGUGCCGGCGCUGCCGUCGGAGGCGGUCAUGCGGCGGCUGCUGGCGGCGCCGCCGCUCAGCUACGGCGAGGCCCGCGGCAACUGGGGCGGCGGCGGAGGAGGCUACCCGGUGCGGGUGUUUUGCGCGGUCUGCGGGUAUUGGGGACGUGUGAGGUGCUUGAAGUGCGGGACGAGGGUGUGCGCGCUCGAGUGCCUGGAGGCGCACCGCGAGGAGUGCGUGACGCGGUACGGGAUAUAA